AUGACCUCAGUUUCAAACGCCGCUGUUGACCACUCUGUCGACCCCUCUGUCGACCCCUCUGCCGAUCAUUCUCAUGCAGCUUCGCAUGCCUCGGAGGACUCCCGCCCCGUGGACGUCCCUGAGACCUCUUCUUCUCACGAGGAUACGAGCCAGAAAGAAAACGUACAUCCCGCUACAAGGAAUUCGAGCGAUAAGUCGACUGCAGGUCGUGAUGUUCGGGACAAGGGAUCUGGACAAGGGGAGGAGUUAGAUGAUUUCGGUCUUCCGAUUCGUACGCGCAGCAGAGUUACACAGUCGCCGAGUGAAUCCUCCGAUAGCUCCGACGAAUUCCAUGAUGUGGAGGAGGCAGUGUUGGACACAACAGACGAUGGCAAAAACUCGAACAUGCGGGAAAGCGAGGCGCUUGCAGAGGAACUGGGGACAACAACACACUCGGAACUACAAACACAAGUAGCUGAAAAGGAUAGACGCGAGUCGGAAGGGGCUCCAUCUUCUCCCAUACCUGCUGCUCCGCAAAAUGGUGAGGUUGCCCAGGAGAAGGGUACAGGGGUUCCCAUAGCCAGUGAAAAAGAUGUCAUCCCCAACUCUUCACCUCCAGACCAUGAAGACGCACCUCCGCCGCCUUACACGGAACAGCCAACCCCACAAAACACCGACCUACCGGCCAACUCCCAUGUUAAGCAUAAGAAAAAACCAAGUCUUCAAGCUUCAGAGUGGUCACACCAACGGCUUAAUGAGGCCAAAGAGUCUGGCAGCGAGAGUGAGGAAGAGGAUGAUGGUGGCUGGAAGGACAUGCCUGCGGUGGACGAAUUUGAUCAUUUCGAUGAUUAUGGGCGGCUCAUUGCUCGCGGCGCCAAAGUGGACGGUGAUGAAGCAGUUUACCAAGGUCUGGGUGGUGCUGGAAGGGGGUACACUCGGGUCCAGCUUGAUGAGGAUGUCCAGUCAGUGACAAGUUUAGAUGAAGAUACGAGCUAUCUUUUUAGGGAAAACGGUGCUACCGCCGCUGGUAUAGAGGGUGAAGAGCUACGCGAUCCCCUCAGUCAACUGCAGGCUACCAAAGACCUUCUUACUGAAAGCCAAAGGAUAGCAUACGUUGGGGUUACCAGAUUGGCCAUGUAUCAGAUCACAUCGGACCUCGAGAAUAUACCAGCGACCAGGACCACGCGCAAGUCCAAGCAGAAGAGCAUUGACUCAAUGCGGGGUUGGGGUCAGGCGAUGAUGGCGAGGCUCUAUUCCCAUAUGGAUAUCGACGCUGCAGAACAAAUUAUGAUUGAGCAACUAGCAGAACAUGGCGUCCAACCCGCCGAUCUUGUUCCACCUCUCAUGCAGAAUGCCCGGGUCCAGAAUCCUCUCGCGGAAGAGCUCGACGCGUCAAGGAAACCUACAUCUUCCAUCUCCUCCCCCAGCGCCAAAAAGGAGUUCAGGAGCAGUCUCUCCACAGAAAUUGACCGGUCUUCCAGGUCAACAUCUCCCCCGCCAUACGAAGCUCAUGAAGGGGAAGAUCUGCCUGAAGUUCGUACGCCCUCUCAAUUACCUACAUCUGAGAAGAUUGAUAUUGAUCUCCGCUGGACGGUGCUUUGUGACCUUUUCCUGGUCCUCAUCGCCGAUUCGGUCUAUGAUGCGCGGUCACGGACCUUACUAGAGAGAGUAGGGGCCUCUAUGGAUGUGUCUUGGUUACAGAUCGCACGGUUUGAAAAGCGUGUGAUCGACGCUCUAGAGAUGCAGGAGGCCGCGGAUAAAGAGACGUGGGACGAGUCCGAGCACAUGGAGGCCCGACGUAAAAAAGCCUUGAAACGGAGAUAUAUCACCAUGGGCUUGGCUACCGUUGGUGGUGGACUUGUCAUCGGUCUCUCGGCUGGGUUACUAGCUCCUGUUAUUGGCGCCGGUCUCGCAGCCGGGUUUACAACAGUGGGAAUUUCAGGUACGGGUGCCUUUUUGGGAGGAGCUGGUGGAACAGCCUUGAUUGCUUCAGGUGCUACCUUGACUGGAAGCACAAUUGGGAUGAAGGCCUCGCAUAGACGCACAGGUGCGGUUCAGACAUUCGAGUAUCGUCCUCUACACAACAACAAGAGAGUCAACUUAAUUGUCACCGUUUCCGGUUGGAUGACCGGCAAGGUUGAUGAUGUCCGGUUGCCGUUCAGUACCAUUGACCCUAUCAUGGGUGAUUUAUACUCGGUGUUGUGGGAACCUGAAAUGCUUCAGAGCAUGGGUGCUACCAUCAACAUCUUAGCUACUGAGGCCUUAACUCAAGGACUGCAACAGGUACUUGGGCAAACGGUCUUGGUGGCCCUCAUAGCAUCUUUACAGCUUCCACUUAUUCUAACAAAGCUAUCUUACCUUAUCGACAAUCCCUGGAAUGUCUCACUAGCGCGCGCAAGUGCAGCAGGGCUCAUUCUUGCCGAUUCGCUUAUCGACCAUAACCUAGGGAAGCGACCAGUCACGUUGCUUGGUUUCUCUCUAGGCUCAAGGGUCAUUUUCUCUUGUCUCAGGGAGCUUGCAGACAGAGGUGCUCAUGGCAUUGUUCAGAACGUUUAUCUUUUUGGGUCACCAAUUGUGGCCAAUAAAGAUGAAUACUUGAAAGCGCGCAGCAUUGUCUCUGGCCGUUUCGUCAAUGGCUAUGCCUCGAACGACUGGAUUUUGGGGUAUCUUUUCCGUGCUACAAGCGGUGGAAUUAUGCGUGUCGCAGGACUUGCUCCGGUAGAAGGGAUCCCUGGGCUGGAGAAUAUUGAUGUUACCAAGAUGGUCAACGGUCAUAUGGAUUACCGUGCAGCAAUGCCCCGGUUGUUGAAGGAGGUUGGAUGGGAGGUCUUAAGUGAAGAAUUUGCAGAGAUCGAAGAUCCCGAUCCUGACAAUCACACCGAGCGACAGCGAGAGCUGAUCCGUGAAAUUGACGAGGCUCGGCGUGAUGCUGAGAAUAAACCGGAGAAGAAGAGGUUCGGUCUCUUCAAACGAGGAAAACUGGCCCAGAGGAAGGGCUGGGAGACUUAUGAUGUGAACCAAAACAGCGCCACGCCUCGAGAUUCGAGCGACAGCAGCGGAGUCGGAACCGUGCUGUUUGACAUUGAUGCGAUCAAAUCCGAGCUCGCUUCCGAGAGCAUUGAAGUCAAGCAACUAGAGUCGACCCUUCCACCUAUGAAGUUGGACUUGAAUUCUCCCUCCAGCCUAUCCCCCGUUACUCCAUCUCCUUUCGCUAUCAAUGAUACCAAGAAUGUUAGUCCCAGUGAACCUGUCUCUCCGUCGCCCCCUGAGCCGGCUGGCAAGAAAGUCUCUCACGACACAGAUGCUCGCCCCUAUGGUGAAGACGACGUCCAGAUGACAUUUGACACGUCCUACCCCGAACCCCCUCGGCGAUCAUAUUCAUCUCUCGGGCCCUCGACAAGUGAUCCAUAUGGGUACAACCACACGAGGCCAGAACUCCGCUCUUCAGCAACAGCGCCUGUCGGAGUCGGAAUCGGGACUGGGUUCGGGCUUGGUGCGGGUUCGCUUGGUGCCAUAGCCCUUGAACAUAAUGCUUGGGCCAACCACGACGUGGGGAAUGGUGAAGAGGGGGAGAUUCAAAUGAGUUUUGAGUAA